UUAGUAUCUAUGUGAGUGGUUAGUGCCCAUUGCUAGGAUAGCCAAGGGAAAUCCUGAAACCAUGGUGAGGGAGGCCUUACUGCCGGAAAAGUGGCUCAAUUUAGUUAUCCUCUGCGAGGCAGUUGCCUACAAGGCGAUGAGCGGCCUGGGGACGCUGGCGACCGUAUGGGCGACCGUCGUCCUGCUCGGUGGAUUCUCGACGCUGGUGAAGCAGACAGACUUUUGGUACAUCACCAUCAUUGCCUUCCUCCAAACCAUCGGGAUUUUCGGUGGCUAUGAGGAUCCCGCGCAUCAAUUUUUCAUGCGCGCAUCGGAUGCGCGGAGAAUGUCCAAGAAAGGUUUGGCGGAGGAGCACGGGUUUAGUUGGAGGCGACGAGUAGAAGGACCACAUCAAACUGGAGGCAGAAAAAGAGCAGCCAGACGUGAAGACAAAGAGGAAGUGAGGUUUUGGGGUAUGGACCAAUUCCGCUCCUGCCUGGGGGCAAUCUUCUAUCAGGGAUUCAAGUUGACGCAGCUGGCCGCGGUCACCACAUUGAUGGCCCUGUCUUACAAGCGUCUGAUGAAGCAAGACUACGUCGACCAACAGUACCAGGGACACGAUGACCACAGAAAUAUCAGGCGGUCCUUGAACAUCUUCUAUGGGCUGGUACCUGGCUAGGGUACCAUCUUCACCCUCUUGCUGCUAAACCCAUUCACGAGACUGCAAGUUGUAAAACUCCAGAGGGAGUACAUGCUAUUUGGCCGUCCAGGGCGUGACAUUGUCCACCAUUACAAGAAUGACAGCUACAUGGAAUUCAUCAUGGGUAAUG